CUUAUAAGAUUUAAAGUUUCCACUCAUGGGUGUUGAUAAUGGAAGAAAGAGGCAAGCCUUUUCAUAUCACCAUUGCCGUGGAGAAGGACCCAGUGGUAUACUUUAUGACUGGACAUUUAGCAGAGGAUGUGUGUAUUAAGCUAUGUAAACAGUAUAACAUAAAUCCCAUCGCACGUCAUUUAUUUGCUCUAAGAAAUAAAUCAUCAAAAAAUUGGUAUCAUGAUGGUUAUAAGUUUGAUGGGAAAGAAAAGUCCAAGCUUGAGUUUAGAAUAAGGUACAAGCCUUCGAGUCUGCGUCGUUUGAAGUCAAUUGAUCUAAGAGGUGCUUAUAACUAUUAUUUCCAACAAGCAAGAGCUGAUGUUUUAGAAAGCCGAGUUUCAGAUAUUAUUUAUGAAAAACACAAACAUGAACUUAUAGGUUUGGGAGUAUGUGAUAUGUACAGAUACAUGCUUGAAAAUGGAGUUGCACAAGAGUAUGUAGAGUCAAAUUAUAAACAAUACAUUCCAAAAGAGUGACAUAAUCCUGACUUCGUUAGAGAACAAUACCUCAAUCAAUUUGAGAGUAUGGCUCCUAAUUAUUUGAGUGAAGAUUUUAAAGCUAUCAUGGAAGCAGAUUCAACAAUAAGGGUAGUAUUAAGAGUUAAUGCAGUAGAGAUUAAAUAUUGCGCAGCUGAUGAAAAUAAUAGUAAUUGGAGGUCACUCUGUGCAAUUGAAGAUCUUUGCUUUGCUUCUGCAAGGGAAGAUAACACUGUUGAAGUAUCUAGGAAAAAUGGAAUUCCUACUUACCUUAGAUUUACAUCUUAUUCUCUAUUGAUGUCCUUUGUAUCUGCUCUCAAUGGCUACUAUCGUUUAUCCGUCAAAUGGACAUUCAAUCUUUCGGGUGAUGCCGUAACACCUAGUUUAGAUCGUUUAUAUAAAUUAAAAUGCCACGGGCCUGUUGGCGGUGAGUUUUCUUACUCAAAACUCGAGGAAAAGAGAGCCAAUAGGCCAGGCACCUUUAUCCUCCGAGAAAGCGAGACCGAAUAUGACAAUUUUUAUUUGGACGCGUGUGGAAAGGAAUCGAAACCUCGAACAUGGAAAAUUACCAAACUCAACGAAGAUGAUUUCGCACUAUCCGAUUGCAUGCAACGUUUCAAGUCUAUCGCUCACAUCAUAGCUGCUAACCAAGAUCCAGAAGGUUCAUUGUAUCUCAAGGAAUGCCUUCCCCCCUCGGAGUAUGACAAAUCGCCUUUACUGUUAUGCGCCUCGGAAGGUUUCGGUAGCGACGCGGCAGCCGAUGAAGAAAUUAUUGCGGAAGUAUUGGACGGUAGACCGUCUUGUGUUUCGCCGCACGAGCUGCAAGUUUAUAAAGCACAACCAUUGUCAAAGAGCCAAGAGAGUAAAGCACGGAUGAAUACGACGCCUUACAACGGCCCCGUGACGACGCUUUACAAGGCUAUGUGGCGUGUCGCCAAAGGCAAAAGACUCGAAACUGCCGUCAAACUGCUGAGAGAGAACGAAGGGCUGCGCACAAAGGAGUUCUUGAAAUUGGCCCAGAAGUGGGGUCAGCUGCGAUCGAGUGCUCUUGUCAGAUUGUACGGCGUGACUCUUGCGCCUUCUGUGGGCAUGCUGCUGGAACUGGUCAAACUGGGCCCGCUCGACAUUUACCUGCGAGAAAUUGCUCCGCAAACGAUCAAGACUGUCGACCUGGUCGAAUCAGCCGCCUGCCUUGCGACAGCGGUUUGGCACCUAGAGGAGCACGGCGUGGUUCACGGUAACAUUCGCUGUCGAAAGCUGUUGGUCCACGCGCACACUAGCAAUGCCUUCAUCGUGAAGCUCGCCGAUCCUGGAAUAUUUAGCUACAAGCCCGCAGAUGUUCACUGGCUGCCACCCGAGUGCUACGUCAAUCCCGAUUUGGCGAGGCGCAACAUACAGGCAGAUGUAUGGGCCGUGGCCACGACGCUCUGGGAGAUAUUCUCAAAAGGAAAAUCUCUGUCGGCGUUACAGGCGCAUCGAGACCCCGACAACAUAAAAAAAUGGUACGCGAGCGGCAAUCGACUGUCGAUCCCGCCGGGCUGCCCGCCCGAGGUUUACCGGCUGAUGACCGACUGCUGGGCCGAAAUCGGUGCCAGGAAGAAUCCACAGGCGGUGAUGCGGGAUAUCAAUCAGAUCAAGUACCAGGUGUUCAACUCGCGCAGGAAUAUUCACGACUACGCGCUGGCUCAGCCAAAGCGAUUGACCGACCUCGAGGGAGGCGAUGACUCCGCCAGCCAGACGACCGAGCACAACACCUCGUCUGACUGCGAGUCGCGAGCCAGCAGCCUAAUCACGGACCGCACGAGCCUGCCCUGGGACGACGCGGAGCUAGAGGCCGGCGGCGUCACCAGUGGAACCCUUAGUUCAUUUGAGUGGGCUCGCGGCAGCAGCGGCUGCAUGCAAUUCGCCGAGGCCGACGACGUGUUGUCGGCCUACCUGGGCUGGUGGUCCAAGGCCGACGUCGCUGACGAACCCGGCUACGAUAAUGAUGGCAGCCUGCUGGGCCAGAUGCAGAGCAUUUUCGAGCUGGACGCUGACUGCAACGUGAUCCUGCAGGGCCGCAUAGGCCAGGGCUUCUACGGGGAAGUGUAUUUGGGUACUCUAGAGCGGGAAGGCGGCAAGGACAGCGAGCCCCAACAGGUUGCCGUUAAGAAGCUCAAGAUGCGAGCUGUCGAGGCGGAGGUGCGCGACUUUGAGAGGGAGAUCGACAUCAUGAAGACGCUGAAGCAUCCGAACGUCGUCGGAAUACUAGGUGUAAUUUCUGAGCCAGAGGUCUGCCUGGUCAUGGAGUUCGUCAAGCACGGCUCACUUCAGAGUUAUCUUGCCAUCCAUCGCGAGAGUCUGACGGCAAGGAGGUUGUUAGGCUUCGCCCUUGAUAUUGCCACUGGCAUGGACUAUCUAGGUAAGAAGAGCAUCGUUCACAGAGAUCUCGCUGCGAGGAACAUUCUUGUUGCUGAUGACAAUCGGGUCAAGAUUAGCGAUUUUGGCUUGGCACAGGUUACUGGCAAAAAUAACGAUUAUUAUAUUUUGCAAACUAACAGAGAUCUGCCCAUCAAAUGGUAUGCUCCCGAGAGCUUGAGAGAUGGCAAAUUUUCACCUCGUUCAGACGUUUGGUCGUUCGGUGUAACAAUGUUCGAGAUGUUUAGUUUUGGCGAGGAUCCCAAAUUACCAGAGUUCGGUGGGAAGCUAGCGAAUAACACCUGCGAGCCGGGUACUGGCAUCAACACUCUAGAGGAGGAAGGAACUGCCGAACUGUUAAAAGCUCUUGACAGUGGCGCUCGACUUCCUUGUCCACUAUUUUGUCCGCAAGAAGUCUUCUCCAUUGCAGAAAUCUGUAGUCUUUCCAGAGGCAGAAUCGCUCUAACCUUAUUUUGUUUGUCGUGCUCCACUGAUGGUGAUGUUGGUUUCUUGAGAGCUUUUGAUCCAUUUGACAUUAAAUUAUAAUGUAUUGGCUGUGAAGUACUAUUCAAGAGACUAUACAAUUCUCUUACACCUGACAAAGAAGCAUCUAUUGGCAGUAAGAAUCCAUCAUCGCUCUGGCAAAUGGAAAGUUAUCAUAUGUUAGCUACAUGUACGAUUUAUAGGAUCAAAUGAUUUAUAAGGUUUCAUUACCUCAACAAAUCCUGCUUCAAAGAGACAUUCAAUUGCACCGAAUGCAGCAAGCAGCUUACUAGAAACAACUGUAUCGGAUAAUCGAAUUGUUCUAUAGCAUGAGUUUUCUGGAUUUUGUAUUAUAUUAUUACAGAG